UUCCACCACAAAAUCCAUUGUGUUGAAGCCAAUGAUCCUCUGCACAACACUAUACUACAGGGCUUUACUCUGGUUUUUCUGGAAAUGAUUACGUUGCUAUAUUCUUUAUCUCCUGCUUCUUCUCCUUGCGUACGCAUCAAAACAGGCCUCUCCAAACCCAAAUUCAGUACUUGUUGCUUCCUCUCUCAAAGUCAAAACAAUGAUUCUCCAACGAAGCCGUCCAAUUUCAUCCCAUUCUCAAGAAAUCAUCCCUCAGUAAUCCUGCAAAGACCGGCCGAUGACAAGCGCAACACGAGCGCAACCUCACAGUUUAAGCGACGAGAAGCAUUAGGGCUUGCGUUUGGAUUUGGCCUUUGCAAUGUUGUGCUUCAUUCACUACCACAAGCCACGUCAGCAGCCGAAGCAGCAGCUCCAUGCGACCUGACAGUUGCUGCUUCAGGUAUCGCCUUCUGUGAUAAACUCGUCGGAUCUGGUCCUCAAGCUGCUAAGGGACAGCUCAUUAAGGCGCAUUAUGUAGGGAAAUUAGAGAAUGGGAAAAUUUUUGACAGCAGCUAUAAUCGUGGCAAGCCUCUUACAUUCCGUGUGGGCGUUGGGGAGGUGAUCAAAGGAUGGGAUGAAGGGAUAUUAGGAGGUGAUGGAAUACCUCCCAUGCUUGCAGGAGGUAAGCGAACAUUGAAAAUUCCUCCAGAACUUGCAUACGGCUCAAGAGGUGCUGGUUGUAGAGGAGGUUCAUGUAUCAUCCCUCCCAAUGCGGUCCUAUUAUUUGAUGUGGAGUUCAUUAGCAAGGCCUGAUUACAAAAAUAUUUUUUCUUUCCUUUCUCUCACACUAAGUUUGUUUUAAAUUAUAAUGAUUAAUGAGCUUUUAUUUAAUUUUA